CUUUUUAUUUCUACCAUUUUUUUCAUUUUUAGUUCCCAAAGAUAAUUAAUUACAGCUUAAUGCUACUGUUGCUAGAAAUUUAGAUUUUUUUUUUCCAAUUGGGUUCGUUAAAGUUUGUAACUUUCUGCUGUAAAGGCUGUGAAUUUGGGAGUUUUAACUGCGUUUACUGGCUUUGGAGCUUUUUGUAGGGUUUUUCAGUUCAAGUGGGGUGCCAAAGGAGGCAUCUGUGCUGAUUGUGCCUAAGGAAGCAGUGAUCUUGGGCAUGGCAUGAAAUUUUGUCAGGUGAGUUAGCAACACUUCGAUACUCUUUUGAGAAGCCCUUGAAAGACUUGGAGUUUAGGUUGCCACAUCAUUAUUAUCUUUGAUCUGAUACCAGAAACAGACACAGACACAGAUACAUUGGGGCAUCUCACUACCAAACAAGUCAAGAUUGUGGUGCUUAUCACAAGUACAGAUCAAAUGCCAUCUUUAAAAAUGAAGGCUCAAUCAAGCACAGGAUGUUUAAAAGAGAAAAAUGCUCAUCGUGUAUGUCAAAAGUCAUGUGUGAUUUCCAAGCAAGCAUGUUCUUAUGUGAAGAGAUCUGAAUAUACGACAGAUUUCAACUCUUGUAAAUGUCAGGCGGUUUCUUCGAGCACCCAAGUUUCUACGAAGGAAAAUGGAAGUGGUGAAGCAAUUGACGAGCUUGAUGAAGAAGAUUAUAAAAUUCUGAUUCAGUCAUGCGAUUCUCCAACCAAAAGAGCGGAAUCCUUCCCCACCUGCCCGUCAAACUUGGAGACAAUUUUCUCUCCUUCUUUUGACCCAAUUGAAGUUCGUAGCGAAGCAAAUAGUGAACCAAAUGCAGAGAAUGAUGCAGGGUUGGGAGCUGGUGACAGUGAUGAUAACAGAAGUUCAUGUGACAAUCAAAGUUGUGAUGUUUCAGAUUUCUACAUAUCUGAUAUGAUCAUUUCGAGCUUACCCUUCAGUGGGGAUGCAUUUACUGAUGAUAUUUGUGAAACGAAUUGCUUUCCGGACUACAAAUGUGCUGAAUCAAACAUCUUGUUUGAUGUUUCCGAGCAAUACAUGGUAUUGCCUUUCCUAGAAGACACUGUCCGAAAUAGUAAUACUAAUACUCUUGAUGAUAAAUUAUGUCAAGAAGCUGUUAUGGAUACAGAUCGGGCUGGCUUGUAUUUAGAAAUGGGUCAAAUGAGACCCUGCCACCAGGAUACUGUUGUUAACUCUUCUGACUCAGAUCAGGCAGAGUGCUUCGAUCCACAGUUGUUUAUAAAAAACUUACCAGAAUUAUCAGAUGUGGUAUCGAACUUUCAACCCAAUAUAUUGCCUGAGGAAGCUUCAAAAAGCAAGUCUGUAACUCUUGUACUUGAUUUGGAUGAAACACUGGUUCAUUCUACAUUAGAACAUUGCGAUGACGCAGACUUCACAUUUACUGUCUUUUUCAACAUGAAAGAGCACAUGGUAUAUGUGAAACAGAGGCCAUACCUCCAAACAUUCUUGGAGCGAGUUGCAGAAAUGUUUGAUGUUGUUAUUUUCACUGCCAGCCAAAGCAUAUAUGCCGAGCAACUUCUUGAUAUAUUGGAUCCAUAUCGAAAGUUCAUAACUCGCCGAGUUUAUCGUGAAUCAUGCAUUUUUACAGAUGGCAGUUACACUAAAGAUCUGACAGUCUUGGGGGUUGAUCUUGCAAAAGUUGCCAUUAUUGAUAAUACUCCACAGGUUUUCCGCUUGCAAGUCAAUAAUGGAAUUCCCAUAAAGAGUUGGUUUGAUGAUCCGUCCGACAGUGCAUUGAUUUCAUUACUUCCUUUCUUAGAGACCCUGGUUAAUGCUGAUGAUGUCCGCCCCAUAAUUGCCAAGAAAUUCGGUAACAAGGAAUAAGAGUCCCUUGUCUUUCUCAUUUGCUUGAAUAUAGCAGCUCCUUGUCCCUCAUAUAUCUUAGCACGUAUUGGCCUCUAAUCUAGAUGCUCUCCUUCUCUUUUGAGCUCACAAGAUAAUUAGCUAUACAAUAAACUCUUUACUUACUUAUCGUCAGUCAGCUUUUGGUUGUUGUUCCCUUAUUCUUGUCCUUUCAGAUGACAACACUGUGGAAUGGUUUGUCUAAUUUUGUUCAAAGGUAAUUAUUGUUCAGUUUAAGUUGCUUUUA